AUGGUCGGGUCCGGUACCGGGGAGUCCGGUGCCGACCGUGGGGGAAGUAUGCGGCCGAGAUCCGCGAUUCGAAAUUCGAGCCGUGGUGGAGUUCGCGUCUGGCUCGGGACGUUCAACACGGCUGAGGAGGCGGCUAGGGCUUAUGAUCGGGCAGCCUACACGAUGAGGGGCCCAGCUGCGAUAUUAAAUUUUCCUGAGGAAGUAAAUUCUGUCUACUCAAAUUCUUCUUCUUCCUCCUCCUCGCCGAGGGAAAAGAUGUCAGUAAGGAAGCAAGAAGAGAAAGAAGUUAUAGAGAUAGAAUGCUUGGAUGAGAGAGUGCUGGAAGAGCUACUUGAAUAUGGAGAGAAGGGAGGAACUUAA